GUGGUCUUUAAAGCUUUUCUGCAUUUUUCUCUAGGACUCUGGGAUCAGACAGCCCACAACAGCCCCCCGCCCGUUGGAACCGGUGCUCGGGGCUUGUUGGGACCCGGUUGUGCAGGAGAGGUGGAGGAUCACGGUGACAGGGGAUCGCGGCGAACCCCCCGCCUUGUGCAACACAUCUUCUAUUCUGCGGUAAAGAUGGCGGCGUCAGAGGGGGCGCGUAGCGGCCGGACAACGGCAAAACGAUUCUGAAAAGCUCCGGAUUUGACCGAAUCUCGCUCGUCGGCUACCGUCAGUAUCUGCUCGGAUACCGUCUGGGUCACCGCGGUAGGGAUAAUCGCUGUCACACGCCGGGGUUGCGAUUUUAUUGUUAAAGGCAGGGUGGGUGGGUUUCACUGAUAGCUGCUAACGUUAGCUAACAGGCUAGCCAAGCGAGCUAGUUAACGUUAGCUCUGUGAAGAAGAGCGGGGAGGGGAUUGAGGAAGACUAUUCGGGCCAGGCCGCUCCAGCUUGGGGGAAUGUGAACCAGAGGUGCGCUGGGGGGUUUGCUCGCUUCGUCCCAAACGUCCUUACGCCAAACUAGCGGGAUGGGGCAGCAGGUAGGCCGCGUCGGUGAGGGCACAUCGACCGGACUCCAGCCACCACAGCCCCACGCGUCCCAACCGCACCAAGGGAAGGGGAACCGGGGGAGCGGCGCCGGGAGGAGACCCCGAGAACCCGGCAGUAGCACCGGGACACCGCCAGGCAGGACUGCUGCAGUCAACGUGCCCGACCCAGGGAUCAAUAUAUUCACGCAGCAUUCAGAAGCUCUCCACAGGCCAUUCGGCCUGGACUCGGCGGCGCUGACGGAGGCGGUGCGCUGGAGCUCCAAGGAAAACCUGCUGGGGGCGGCCGAGAGCGACCCCAACCUCUUCGUUGCACUUUAUGACUUUGUCGCCAGCGGAGACAACACGCUCAGCAUCACCAAAGGUGAGAAGCUGCGUGUGCUGGGCUACAACCAGAAUGGGGAGUGGAGCGAAGUGCGCUCAAAGAACGGCCAGGGUUGGGUACCAUCCAACUACAUCACGCCAGUCAACAGUCUGGAGAAGCACAGCUGGUACCACGGGCCCGUGUCACGCAGCGCCGCAGAGUACCUGCUCUCAUCCCUCAUCAACGGCAGUUUCUUGGUCCGGGAAAGUGAGAGCAGCCCGGGACAGCUGUCAAUUUCUCUCCGCUAUGAGGGGAGAGUGUACCACUACCGAAUCAAUACAGGCUCUGAUGGAAAGGUGUAUGUGACAUCCGAGAGCCGUUUUGCCACCCUGGCCGAGCUGGUCCACCACCACUCCACUGUAGCAGAUGGCCUGGUCACCACCCUGCACUACCCAGCACCCAAAUGCAACAAACCCACAGUGUACGGUGUGUCGCCCAUCCAUGACAAGUGGGAGAUGGAGCGCACAGACAUCACCAUGAAGCACAAGCUGGGUGGAGGCCAGUAUGGUGAGGUGUAUGUGGGAGUGUGGAAAAAGUACAACCUCACCGUGGCUGUCAAAACACUUAAGGAGGACACCAUGGAAGUUGAAGAGUUUCUGAAAGAAGCCGCUGUCAUGAAGGAGGUUAAACACCCAAACCUCGUUCAGCUACUAGGUGUAUGCACGCUGGAGCCUCCGUUCUACAUCGUGACAGAGUACAUGCCACACGGCAACCUGUUGGACUACUUGAGGGAUUGUGACAAAGAGGAGGUAAAUGCUGUGGUGCUGCUGUACAUGGCCACACAGAUCUCCUCUGCCAUGGAGUACCUGGAGAAGAAGAACUUCAUACACAGGGAUCUAGCAGCGAGGAACUGCCUGGUCGGGGAGAAUCAUGUCGUGAAGGUUGCAGACUUUGGCCUGAGCCGGUUGAUGACUGGCGACACCUACACUGCCCACGCUGGGGCCAAGUUCCCCAUCAAGUGGACUGCACCAGAGAGCCUUGCAUAUAACACCUUCUCUAUCAAGUCUGAUGUGUGGGCAUUUGGGGUGCUGCUAUGGGAAAUUGCCACCUAUGGCAUGUCUCCAUACCCUGGCAUUGAUCUGUCUCAGGUCUAUGACCUCCUGGAGAAAGGUUACCGGAUGGAGCAGCCUGAGGGAUGUCCACCCAAAGUCUAUGAACUCAUGAGAGCAUGCUGGCAGUGGAGCCCUCUGGACCGGCCGUCAUUUGCAGAGAUCCACCAAGCAUUUGAAACGAUGUUCCAUGACUCCAGCAUCUCUGAAGAGGUGGCUGAGGAGCUCUGUAAGACGGCCUCCUCUGGUCACUGCGGACCACUGCACUCUUUCAGUCACGACAUGCCCCUGUUGCCUUCCAAAUCUCGCACACUCCACAAGCACACAGAAAACAAGGAGAACAUUGAGGGCGGACUCGACGGGCGAUCCGACCACGGCUCGCAUGGUCACUCAGGCUGGGCUUCUACGCUGUUUGGGGGGGACGGUCGCUCAGGUUCCCCGGCUCUACCCAGAAAACAGCAGCCACGAGAUAAAUCUCCUGCUGGCCUUCUGGAGGAUGCACAGGACAUGGGCACAUUUACACGAGAUCGCAAGACUGGCUUCUUUAGCUCCUUCAUAAAGAAAAAGUCGUCCUCGUCGUCCUCCUCGCCAUCCUCCCAGCUCCAGCAGAACCUCCCGACGCCACCCAAGAGGAGCAGUUCCUUCCGGGAGAUGGAAACACAGCCUCACAAGAAAUACGAGCCGACGGCAGAUUUCAGCGCUCCUCCUCCCCUACCCCAGUCGGACAGUCUCGGUGGCUUCUCUGCCUCUCCCUCUCACACCCACGGGGAACCCACCCAGGGUCAGUCACGCUGCUGUGGGGCUGCUUUUGGACAAAAGCCCUCUGGCGGGGGCCUUGGCUCUCAAUUGACGAGUGGCAGCAGUUGGAGUGGGUUGGCUGGUUUUUUCACGCCCAGACUCAUCAAAAAGACUCUGGGGCUACGGACAGGAAAGACAGCCUCUUCAGACGAUGGUGGAAGUAUAGCUGGAGGGCCUAAGCCCUUUCCUCGGUCCAAUUCUACCUCCUCCAUGUCUGCUGGGCUGCCUGACCUGGAGCGCAUGGCGCUGACUUUACCCAGGAACCGUAGUGCAAAGCCCCCUCUCGAGAGGACUGCUUCCACAACCUCCCAGCCAGAGAACGGGGCUGCACGGCCCUCAGAAACUCUGUUGCGGAGGAUGGAUGAGGGGACUGCACAGAUCAGGGAAAGGCCCAAAGCCAAGCUACUACCCCGGGGCACUGCUGUCGGGGUGAGGGCACCAGGGGUUGGGGGGGAGGUCGGGGAAUCAGACAGUCUGUCUCGGGUCAGGGAGGGUAGAGAAGAGAAUGCGGGAGGACUGGACAGGCAGCAGAGUUGGCCAUCUCCCUCUAAGACCUCGAGUUCUAGUGCGUCAUCAGCUGCAGCAGGUGCGCCGACUCACAACCACAAAGUUCCGGUCCUGAUCUCCCCCACGCUGAAGCACAGCCCAGCUGACGUGCAUCUGGUGGGCUUAGACUCUCAGGGGAACCGCUUCAAACUGCUGUCUGAGCACCAAGCAGACCGGGACCGGCCACGACUUGUCAAACCCAAGUGUGCUCCUCCUCCUCCUCCUACUCUGCGGAGCCUGCAACACUCCUACAGCGGCGACGGUGAGGAGCAGGUAGGAGGAGCACCUGUGGAGGUAAAUGGAGACACGUUGAAAGGUCACAGGUCAGGGCGAACGUCAGGAGGAGCGACGACGGGCAGACCGUCAGUGCCACCACCACAAGUGCCUCCUGCAUCUUCCUCCUCCUUUUCCUCGUCAUGCUCCACCACCACCAACACGACUCCCACCAAAAUGGCCAACGGAGCCACCACCACUGCCUCCUCCUCACACACAGCCGGCUCCAAAGUGGCACUUCGGCGGACCAGGCAGCAAGCGGAGAGGGUGCCCCUGGAGCGCGUUAGCCGCGAGGCCCUGCUGGAGUGCGCCGAGUGCCUGAGAAGCGCCCUCCAUGCCAGCUCCGAAAGCCCUGCCAGCAGCCAGGUGCUGGAUGCUGGCCACCAGCUGCUAGACUACUGCUCAGGUUAUGUGGACUGCAUCCCUCAGAUGAGGAACAAAUUUGCCUUCCGAGAGGCGGUGGGGAAGCUGGAGCUCAGCCUGCAGGAACUGAGGGCAUCGUCAUCAGGAGGAGGAGGGCUGAGCAGCAUGGGGCCCAACACUGUACUGGACAACCUGCACGGCUGUAUUAAAGAGAUUAGUGAUGUAGUGCAGAGGUAGCCACUGUGACAGCAACUGUCACCUCUUACUACCCGACAGAUCGCUUACAUUUCCUUUAUGUUUCCGGAUCUAUUGACAGCUUUUUGGGGGGCGAAAUGAGAAGAAUCUCUUUAAGUACCUCAGAGAAAUCACUACAAAAAUGUAAUCCUUUUAUUGUUUACAAACAACCGUUUCAUAAAAUGCCAGUGUGGACACUAAUUUUGCUCUGACCUGUACAUAUUGAGAAAUGUUUAUACCAAGCUAAAUGUGGUUUAAGUCACACCAUGAAAUGUUUUGCCCACAUCUCCACCGGGCCCCGAUAAAGGCCUCGUUGUUAAAUGAAUGUCGAGUGCAUCAGCUGUGUGUAGCCAGGCCAGAGAGUAGGUCUACUCUCACUCUGCUUAUCUGUCAGUCUGCCACAUACUGAGCGAGCGUGGUGGUGGUGGUGGUUGUGCCCAGCCUUACUGAGAAGACUAGACAACUGUUUUCACUGACUAAGCUCAUACAGUGUUUCAUGAAUGUGUGAAUCAUCAUCAGUUUGGUGUUUCACAGGAGAGUAUUUUGCUCAGUUUCUGGAGAACUGAGUGACCAUAAGCCAUUUUUAAAAAAGCCAUUGUAUUCUGAAGCAUUGAAAAACAACGUGGAUUUAAACAUGAUUCAAGGUUUUGGGGUCUCAAUUUCAAACUUUUAUUUUGUGUGCAGGUGUUUUUUUUGUUUACUUUCAUUUCAUUUCAUAGAUUGCAACUGACAUUAUUUGUAAAGGUCCCAUAUUAUGCUCAUUUUUCAGGGUCAAACUUUUAUUUUCAUUAUCUACUCAAUGUUUACAUGCUGCUACUGCUGCAGCGCCUCAAUUCACCCUCUGUUUGAACAUUUCAGUCUCUUUAAGGUCUGCCAAGAAGCCCAGUCUGCUCUGAUUGGUCAGCUCUCACAAGCCUGAGCAGUCACCACACACUGUGUGUUCCCAUCAGCUCUGCCAGUGUUUUUACAACCACAGCUGAACUUGGGGCAUGGCUGAGGGCACAGUUUCUAAUAUAAUGCAUUUCUCUCUUGAUUGAGUAUUUUGAUACUAUUAUCAAAAUAAAAACCAUUGAACUCUCACUGUCUAUAAUAUGGGACCUUUAAGUAAAUGGACAAAUGUGAUUUUUAAAAAACCUCCCUAAAACUGCAGGUAUCAGGUUAAAGCCUUGUGUUUGAGAGUUACCUUUACAGAAUAAUCACCAGUUCUGACGCUGACAUUCCCACUUGUCUGCACAAGGUGCGACAGUUGAGAACGACUAAAGGGAUCACUUACGUCAUAGAAGGUUUUGUGCUUUUGACGAGCGUGUAAAUAAGCUCAAGAGAAAUGUUCAUUUUUAGGUUUCAUCAAUACCAAAUACAGGCUUAUCAAAUCUUUAAAAAAAGAAAGAAAUUAAGAUUGAUUUGAAUCUGUUUUGUUCAGUCCCUGCGGGGUGUCUCAUCAUAUUCACAGCAUUUGUCUUCGCUUCAGUGACGAUACUGACACAGACAACACAGUGCCACACAACUGGGGGGGAAAAAAAACCCCAGUCCCCUAAAGCAUUUCAAUAUUUGUGUCCAGUUAUCCACGCACACAUUUCUUCCUUGUAUGAUGCAGCAUAGAGAGCAGAGUGAGGAGAGGGAGAGCACAGGGUAGCGCAUGAGGAGGUGAAUUGGGACAGUAUUUCUAUAAGUGUCCUUCUGAGUAUGGACAGUGCUGGAUUCCCUGUAGCCUUGUCGCGGCCUCAGUGCCUCAGAAUUUCUUCAAUGUAUGAACACUGCGAAAACGCAGAGACCUACUUUACACUAAUCACACAGUACUGAUCUCUCAGCAAACAAACUGCAGUAUGUCUUCAGCACAUGAGCGAUUUGUACAUUAUUUGGUUCAAAGAAAAAAAAAAUGCUUUUUAGAAUGUCUAUGUAUGAACUUGAAUUUUAAAUUAUUCCUGUUUUGUUUUAUUUUUUUUUAUUAAAAGCACAGACCUAUUUUGAGAGAAAAAGUUAUGUAAAUAUUUGAUUUAUUUCAUAUCCAGGAGACAAAAGAUUUAUGUGUGGUUACAGCAUAAAGAGUAAUGUUUUUGACUGAAGAGAUGUAUUGCAAGACUGAGGCUCAUCCACCCAGAUCUGAAUAUCUGCUUUAUGAAUGUAUUAUUCUUCCGUUCUGAAUCCGGUCGAAUGUUCAUCUGCAUGACUCUUUAAUUUCUUAAGGUGCCGUUCUUUUUUUCUUUUUAUUUAUUAUUACAAUUCUUUUAUUGGCCCAUACACACUAAAAAAAAAGUCCAAGAAAGAGCUGCUCGAUAUUUUUUUUUUUUUUUUGAGCACGAACAAAACUGUGUACAGCGCACACUCAACUCACAGAUCUUUUUAUUUUCUUUGCUUUGGCUUCACAUUUUAAUGUACACUGGAUAAGGCCUCGGAGACAUUGGUUCAUUGACAAAUGUUGCAUAAAAAUCAAAUCUGUAAACACUGCGGUUCCAUAACACUUUCACAAUGCCUGUUAAUGACACUUGAUGGAUUUGCCAAGUAAAAUUUUUUGUCAACUUGUUUUGUGGUGCGUUUCAUAUCAUCAUUUCAUGUUUAUUGUCUGUCAGUAUAUGUGUCCAACUUCUUGCCAAACAGGAUCCUUUGAGACAAAAUGAUGAUUAAUUUAAUCACUGUGAGUUUCGAACAACAUUAACGGAAAAUGCCAUAUUUUUUUCAUGACUCUUGGUGCCUUUGUGUGAGCAAAUAAUUUACACUAUCGUUGCAAGAAUUCACUCAUAUGGCUAGAGCAUAUCAUUAAAAAAAAAUCAUGUCUUUCUUUUCUUUACCAUAAUAUUGCAGUAUCACUACAGCAUGCAUUUCUAUCAUCUGGAGAGUAAUGGUCUCAUGCAGACUUGAAACCAAAAGGUGCACUUUUUAUUAAGUUACCAAGGCCAUGUAUCAGUGGCCUGUUACACACUGCUCAUAUGUUACUUCUUUAACAAAUGACACAUAUGAGUCUGCUGCUGCUCUGUUGUCUCAUAAUCUGAGCACAUCAAAACUUUUGUCUAAAAAAAAAAAAAAACCUUUAUAAUUGCCAAGCUCCUGUCUGGCCUCUUUACCCAUCAAGUUUUUGUUGAUUUGUAGUUGCAUCUAUCUGGCGCAGGUUUCACUAAAAGCCUUAUCAGAGAGGGGGAAAAAAGAGCUCCCUAUAACUUCCAAACUGGACUGUUUGAAAUAAAUAAUAUAUGUAGAAAUUAAGUCCAAGAUUACAGUGUCAAUAAACUGAUUUGGUUCCACUGUUGAUCUUCAAAUCUCAUAUCUGAACUGAUGCUGACCACAAAUUUUGUGUUCAUUCUCAUUAUCAGUCGUCUGCAUUUUCUUUCUUUAUGUUGCCUGCAUGUAUCCUGUAUAUCUGUUGUUUUUUCUGUUUUGUUUUUUGUUUUGUUUUUUUACCUUCCUGUCUCCCUGUUUUGGAGAACAGCUCUGGAGAACGUGUGUUACACAUCAUUAUACCAAAGGCCACUUCUUCAGUUGUACGAGUGCAAUGUAAAAACAACACACACAAUAAUGGAAUAUGUGAAUCUAAACAGGGAUGAAAAAAAAUGGCAGAGAUGUUAACAUUAACUUUUUUAUUGUACAAAAUAUAUAUUUUGUGUUUUUUGUUUUGUUUUUUAUUUAAAGCUCACGUUAUAUUACUGUGAAGUUUUGCUUAUCAGUGUUAAGCCUAUUGUAAAUAAUAAAGAUAUUGAUGAAUACUGUUA